GAAAUAUGAAUGUACCGUGAGAGGAAGCUGUUGAAAUUUGUACGCCCUUGUUUUAAAAAGCUCCUUUCGUUCUUAGUACACGUAUAUUCCGUUGGCUAUGUCGCGCUACUCGCAUUCCCAGAGGAUGAAUCUGGGGACUGUUUUUAAUUUUCGAGAUCUUGACAAAAAUGUUCAAGUCCAUCUUAAGAACGUAUACAGUACCCUCUCUAUUGGUAUGAUAAUAUCAUGUGUUGGGGCAUAUUUAUUUCAAAUAAACUCUUUUCUACAGUCGAUUACAACUUCUUUGGUGGUCUUGUCAUUCAUUUUAUCCCUUGGAAGCUCUUUGUUCAUUUAUUUCACACAACACUCAAGAGAAACCCUUCAUUCUAGACUUGGUGCUUUCUUCUUGUUCUGUUUUUCUACAGGUAUUGGUUUUGGUCCACUUCUUCAAGCUUUGUCAGUAAUCAGUCCUGAUACUAUUCCAACUGCCCUUUUGGGUACUGCCUUGAUUUUCGUCUCGUUCACAUUAACAGCACUGUUUACACGAAAACGAUAUUACAUCUAUCUUGGUGGUGAGUUUGUAUUUUUUUCUUGUUUCACUGAUGACUUUAUUGCCUUGUUUUGUAUGUUUUCUAACCCAACCAUUAUGUGUAAUAGCAAAUACUGAUGUAUUUCAUGUCUAAUGGUGUUGAAGUUGUAUAUGAGUUUGCAUUUGGCACUUCAUACAUCCCCCCACCACAGAUUAUUUUGGUCUCAAACCCUAUGUGAAUUGUUUGUAGUGCUUAGCGCUUUUUUAAGCUAUCAUAAAUUAAGGUUCUUAAUUGGGUUAACUUAUAUCGAAACCGACCACUGAGUCAGAUCACCUUCAUUGUAAUUUAAUGAGCAGGAGAGACCUUGCCCUGUCAAACGCUGUGGCAUCUCACAACAGUGUCUGUCUAUUCAUUACAACCGAAUGUGUGAUUUUAUUGAGUAAUAUAUCAAGUUUAAUCCAUUCAUUUAUUUGUGCUUUUUGUUAUUUGAAUAUUGUAAUCAUAAAGUCACCCCUGACGAUGGACACCUUAACCUCGAAGGCACGCUAGUUGUGAUACUGUGAGUGCUAUUGUUGUUCCGACAAUAAAAUAUCGGUUAAAUCUAAAUCCUAGCUUUCAUCAGUUAUUUUUGUCAUUUCAAAAUCAACAACUAUUGUAUUUAUUAGCUAGGAAAUUGUUCUCCACACUUUGAUUAUUUAGUCUCAGUUUCUAGUGUUCACAUCUGAUCUAGUCUACUGCUUAUCUCUCGGGUACAGAUUUUUGUAUUUAGCUUCGAGUUCUAAUCUAGGUUUGAUGACUAGUAAUGCUGCCUAUUUUCCCAAAACGAAGUGGGACGGAGUUCUAACUUGCGAAUUGGUUAAUAGUCAAACACGUUAACCACUGAGUUACUGCUCCGCGACAUUUGCAUACGUAAGUUUGUGUUUGAUCGUUGGUACCACUAUAUUUCAUUUAGCUGUACAAUUCGGAUUUAAGUAACUCAUUUACUAGAUACAAGUUUAUCCACUCGGCUUUGUUCCAUACGUGUGCGUAAAUCCGUAAAAUGCAAAAUGAGCGAAGACUUAUAUAGUAUGUAACUAGUGAUAAAGAAACAAUUGAUCUAUAUUUGGUAAUGUCGCAUGUUGAGAAUAGUAAGAAUAACGUUUUGAGUAGAAUGACAGAAUUUCAUUUUGUUUGUUUGGGUUCUCUCAGUUGCUUACAACCUAUACAGAUGAAGCUUCUAGAGGUGAAUAUUUAUCAUCACAGAUGAACGAAAACUUAAAUAAUAGCUUAACUGGAUAGAUAAAAAGUUGUAGUUCUAUUACUAAUACGAUUUUUUGGUGUCGAUACAUUGGAAUUUUUUUCUUUGUUCCAUAGCUGGAUUGAUGUCUGCCAUCAGUUUGCUGACAACAUUUAGCUUCAUGAACCUAUUUAUUCGUUCUCCGGCCAUAUACAACGCUGAACUUUACAUUGGAUUGGCUAUAUUUUGUGCAUUUGUGAUUUUCGAUACCCAAUUAAUUGUUGAAAAGCGCCGUAAUGGGGAUACUGAUUUCGUAUGGCACACGUUGGAUUUGUUCAUUGAUUUUGUCGAAAUAUUCCGUCAUCUUCUUAUAAUCCUCAACUCUAAAAGGAGACGUGAUCGUGAUGACGAUUAAAAAAAAAAUGGUCUUCAUUUAUUUAGCAUCCGAUUAAUUUGCUUAAAUUGCUUCAUAAUAAUAAUACUACUCUUUAUUCGUAUUAUUUCACUUAAUCUUUCUACUUCGCAUUUUGUUGAGAAACCUUACGAACAAAAUUUAUUUAAAAAAAACAACAACUAAAGUACUUAAUUAUUAAUUUGUUAUAAAUUUACGUUGUUCUGAUUAAGUCGAGAUUUACAUGGACUUAACACAAAUAUAUUUCUGUUUUAUUUAUAAAAAAAAGUGUAUUCUAAAACUCUUGCUUCGAAUAUCAAAAUAUAUUGAGAAAUAUGCCCUAACUUUACAUUGCACUAAUAAAAUUGGUUGUUUUUUUUUUCACUUCGUCUUUUGGUUUCCUAUUCUUGUGAUCCAUAUUGAAUAGAAGAGUAAGCUAUU